AUGACGGCCGCGCUCUGCAACAAUGGCGCGCGCUCAAUGGACGGCGCGUCAGCGGAGGAGUUUAGAGGGUUUUCUGGAGGGCGCAAGGCGUCUGAAGACUUUGACUGCCCCGAAGAAUUCGGAUACUAUCCCCAUCCUACAGACUGCUCUAGAUACUACGUGUGUGUGUUCAGCGGGGCGCUCGAGGAGUUCUGCUCCGACGGACUCGUAUACAGCCCCAGCCGCGGUCCGAGCCGCGGUACGAGCCGCGGCUCGGUGCGCGCCGCCGCCGCUGUCGCCGCCUCGGAGCCGGCGCCGGCCAGAGCACGCCAGGUGCCCGCUCGGCAGCCCGCCUCCAGGACGGCACCGGUGAGGAACAACCUGGACGAGCGGUUCGGCCCGUCGAGCGCGCGCAGCUCGCAGGCCGCGUUGGCCGAGCAGGCUCGCCUUCUCGGAGGAGUCGACCGCCGACCCAGCGACCUGGACGUGCGCUUUGAAGACGACACCAACAAGAUCGUGACCCGCCGGCAGCAGCGUCUGUUCAGUCCAGACUCCAGCAGCGGACGGGGACGGUUCCAGCAGCCGGCCGUGCAGAGCCUGCACCACGCCUCUCCGACCAACGACAGCGACCGGAUCGGUGAGACGACAGACGCUGACGGCCAGACUGACAGUGACGUCACGACAGACGGUGACGUCACGACGAGCAGUGACGUCGCGGUCGGCGGCGCCGUGCUGAGCGCGCGGCUCGGAGAGCCGGUCAACGAGAGCGACCCGACGGUGGGCGCCAGCUCGGCCGGACGCUACUUCUUCCAGUUGCCGCCGCCUGACCAGAAGGCGUCCGGCAGCCGGCGCGGUCGUCGCCUCUCGCGUCCCUUCAUCCCGCAGCCGCUGCGCGCCGGCAAUCCAUUUGCGGCGCUGACACGGCCACCGCAGCGACGCCGCUCCGUCGACCAGGGUUUCAGCGGCCUGUUCGGCCGGUCGCCGCUCUCCCGUUCGCACGUGCACUUCGGGGCGCCGUUCGUGCCUUCGAGGCCGGACAGCCAGGAGGAGUACCUAGACCGCGACUACUACGGCCCGCCGCGCUUCUAUGACGCCUACCCGUUCCCCGUGUUCGAGGACAACUUCCAGACGCAGAUUUUCAACAGCAAGACCAAGGAGGUGGUGCGCCGGCCGCCGCCGGCGCCGCAGCCCUAUCAGUUCCAGAACGACUUCCGACCUUCUUUCCCGGCGCCGCCGUACAAGACGUACGAGGAGGAGCGCCAGCAGUCGAACCCGUACCGCCCGUACUCGUACGACAGCGCGCAGUACGCCGACCCGUACCCCGAGGAGGCGUACCAGACGGAGCAGCCGCCGAAGGUCACCACGUACCGCCCAUCAGUGACCCCACCGCGCCCUACCACCUACUCUCCCCCGACCGCGGAGCGCGAGCCGACUCCGACCGCCACGGAUUCCUACGGUCUGGACCCGUUGGACAGCUGGUUCCCGGCCUUUCCCGUGCCCACCAAUCCUGCGCCGCUGCCGCUGGAGCGACCAUCCAACGCGAGCCGACCCUCGUACAGCGAGCACAAGUUCUUCGACCCGCUGCCGAGCGUGCCGCUCCCGCCGUACUCCCGACCGCGUCGACCUGACCCGUACGACACCUACGACUAUGACGCUUACUAUCGACCGGUGCCGACCAGCCCCUACCUGACAUCUAGCGACGACGACAGCAGGGACAGCCAGCCCCGCGCCAAGGCCACGGCGGCGCCACCCAUCCGUAUCUCCACGCUCUCGUCGUUCUCGUUCGGUGACACUGGCACGCGCUUCCCGGAGCGCGAGCCGCGGCCGACGGUGGCCAGCCCGCCGCCGCGCCCGGCACCCUCCACCUUCGUCUCGUCGUCGCGCGGCUCGCCGCCGCCGCCGCCGCCGCCGCCCAGCGCCUUCCCGCCGUCGACGGUGACGGUGCAGACGGUGAACGCGCGCCGGCCGACGGCCAGCCCCACGCCGCCCUCGCCCACCGUGCAGACGUACACCGAGCCCGCCUACGUGGCCUUCGUCAACGACACCAUCUACGACGUGUACUACAUCUACGACGAUGAGGAGGUGCUGUACGAGGACGAAGUGGCCACGGAUGCGGCGCCCACGCGUAGGCCGCCGGCGCCCAGGCCCACCACCACCAUCUCGACGGCCGUGCGCAACAAGGCUACUCGGCCGACGGCGAGCCCUCCGCGACGGACUCGGACACGAAAGAGGCAACGGACAAAGACGCGGAAGCCUGCAAAGACCAGCACCAAGACGACAGACGAGACCAAACCUACCAAACCACGCCGUAGGCGGCCCAGGCCGCGCAAGAAGACGACCACGACCGAAACCCCCACGACGACUGAGGCCAGCAGCAGCCGGUUGACUGGACGUCCCCAGACCAGACUAAGGCCCACCGUCCGCCGACGAGUCAACGCUCCCCGCAACCCUAAACCCACCACCACCACCACCACAACCACCACCACCACCGCCACCAACCGCCGCGUUGUCCGACCCAGUUUCAGCUCUGCUGACACCUUCCGCAAGACAUCCACCACGGACCUGAGCUCGACGCGCGGCUCCACCCUCGGCUCCAGCUUCAGCUCCGGCUCGAGUCGCGGCUCCACCUUCAGCUCCGGCUCGAGUCGCGGCUCCACCUUCAGCUCCGGCUCGAGCCGCGGCUCCACGCGAGGCUCCACCGCCCAGUCCACGUUCGGCUCGACUCGCGGCUCGACGCGAGGCUCCAGCCGCGGCUCGACGCGCGCCCCGGCGCCGGCGCCGGCGCGGCAGGCGUCCAAGUCGACCGACCUCGGCAGCAGCCGGCGCACGCCCAGCAGCGGCCUCCGCUCCAUCGACACGGGCAGCUCGCGCCGCCCCAACAGCAGACCAAGCUUCCCGAAGAAGUCCAAGAACAGCGGAAGCAGAGGUGGACACGCGAGGCCGGCGGUCAACAUCUGGGAACAUCCCCCGUGGAGGCCCGCUCCUGUCUACCCGCAGCCGGAGCCCGACCAGCCGGCCGAGCGGUGUGACGCGCGCUGCCGACUCCCCGACUGUAACUGUGGCGGCACUGCCACUCCCGGUGGCCUGGAGUCGCAGAACGUGCCGCAGCUGGUGCUGCUCACCUUCGACGACUCGGUCAACGACCUCAACCACGGCUUGUACAAGGACAUGUUCGAGAACGGCCGUGUCAACCCCAACGGCUGCCCCAUAUCGGCCACGUUUUACGUGUCGCACGAGUGGACCGACUACAAGCAGGUGCAGAACCUGUACGCCGACGGGCACGAGAUGGCCUCGCACUCCAUCAGUCACAGCUUCGGAGAGCAGUUCUCAACGUCCAAGUGGGAGCGUGAGAUCGCUGGCCAGCGUGAGAUCAUGGCCGCCUACGGAGGCGUGCGCAUGGAGGACAUUAGGGGCAUGCGCGCUCCCUUCCUCUCGAUCGGAGGUAACCGGAUGUUCAAGAUGUUGUACAACAACAACUUCACCUACGACUCGUCGAUGCCGGUGUAUGAGAACAACCCGCCGAGCUGGCCGUACACACUCGACUACAAAAUCCACCACGACUGCAUGAUCCCGCCCUGCCCCAACAAGGCAUACCCAGGCGUGUGGGAAGUGCCGAUGGUGAUGUGGCAGGACCUGAGCGGCGGUCGCUGCUCGAUGGUCGAUGCUUGCUCCGCUCCUUCCACUGCUGAGGAGGUAUACAAGAUGCUGAUCAAGAACUUCGAGCGUCACUACACCAGCAACAGAGCCGUCUUCCCGCUGUACUUCCACGCCGCCUGGUUCACCACCGAGCACCACAAGGAGGGCUUCAUGGCCUUCCUCGACACCAUCAGCAAGAUGGACGACGUCUGGCUGGUGACCAACUGGCAGGCGAUCCAGUGGGUGCGCGACCCCCAGCCGCUCAGCACCGUCAAGAGCUUCAAGCCGUUCGGCUGCGACUACCCGGAGCGUCCCGCCCGCUGCGUGAAGGCGCGCAAGUGCAACCUGUGGCACAAGUCUGGCGUGCGCUACAUGACCACGUGCCAGCCGUGCCCGGAGAAGUACCCGUGGACCGGCAAGACGGGCGUCAGCCGACCCUGAGCUCGACCGCCGGCCGGUCGGUCCCACUAACUUAUACCGGACAAUGAGGUGGUGUGCGCGCGCGCGGGUGAAGUGGAGACGCCGCGCGGCGGCGCCCGCGAGGUGCCCGGCGCGCCGAACGCUGUCGGCGCUGGACAUGUCUGCGUCUCGCGUGCCAAUUACCGUGAUACUGCCGCGCAGGGCACGGACCGUGACGUCACUGUAGCCCUGCCGCCGCGCCGCCCGGCGCCGCUGCGCGCGCAGCCGCCGGGCGGGCGCCCCCUCUCCGUCAGCUGGCCUUGUUUCAGUCUUGCCCGCGAGUGGCGUGCUCCCAGGCCGAGUGUUGGGCUCGCAGAUUCUUACGCGCAGAUGGGAGCGAACGUAGACUUGGUCCUUCCGAUCAUUGUACCAAGGCAUUCCGCAAUGCGUAGAUGAUUUCACCCUACGUGCAGCAGCACAUAGCAGAGGAUUAAGCUAGCAGGGUUCAGACACAUAUUAUCAUGUGAUAUGAAACUUGAAAUACAGGUUAGUGACGUAA